AUGGCUCAGUCAGGUUAUUCCAACCCUUUGAAGAAGUUCAAGCUUGUGUUCUUGGGCGAGCAAAGCGUUGGCAAGACGUCUUUGAUAACACGAUUCAUGUACGAUUCGUUCGAUAACACCUACCAAGCCACGAUUGGUAUCGACUUUUUGUCCAAGACUAUGUACCUCGAGGAUCGCACAGUCCGCCUACAGCUUUGGGAUACUGCCGGUCAGGAACGAUUUCGAUCUUUGAUCCCCUCAUACAUCCGCGAUUCCAGCGUCGCCGUCGUCGUUUAUGACAUCACCAACAAGAAGACUUUCGAGAACACGAGGAAGUGGGUUGACGAUGUGCGGGGCGAACGGGGUAAUGAUGUUAUCAUAGUGUUGGUCGGCAACAAGACCGAUUUGAACGACAAGCGGGAGGUUACCACACAGCAGGGAGAAGAGGAGGCGAAGAAGAAUAACCUCAUGUUCAUUGAAACAAGUGCCAAAGUGGGACACAAUGUCAAGAGUCUGUUCAAGAGGAUCGCGCAGGCAUUGCCUGGCAUGGAGGGCGAGUCGCAGCAGGGACAGAGCCAGAUGAUCGAUGUCAACAUCAACCCAACAAAACCGGAACAAAACGACUCCUGCGCGUGCUAAGGUAUCUACCACGAAUGGUCUACAGUUUCUUCAUCGUCGCCGUUCGUCGUCCCUAGACAUUGUUGUAAUUAUUCGGAAUUCGGCCAAGAGUGGAUGAGGAUGAACAUGAACAUUCUGAGCAAGGCGUUCUGGGAAUUGGGGUCUCACAGGUUGCAGAGCGCACGACCUCUUGGGACUCAUGUAAUUUGUAGUAUAUUCAAGCAUUCAUUCAUCAAGCACGUGCCUGACGAUGCAUCGAACGAUAAUGACGUGAACC